ACUAGGAAGAACCGAAAAGUUUUUAGUGAAUGUGCCACUGAGGAAAAAAGUGUUACCCCCGAUUAUAAUUUCGGGUAUUGCACAGUAUUUAAUGCAAGACGUCUUAGAAUGAAAACAGUUGAGGAACUAUGGAGAGAGGCAGGGGACAUCAGAUCAACUAUGCCCGAUAUCCUUGAUGUGACAAAUGAUUCUCAUUCUAGCUUUCUCUAUAUUUUGCGCAAUUUGUACAAAGACAUUAUGUUGACUAACCUGGACUAUGCACUUGACAAAAAAGUUGAACAAGAUUUGUGGAAUGUGUGUUUCAAAGUUCCCAUCUCCGAACUGCAGCCAAAGCAAGGCAAGAAAACUGGCAAUCCAAUCCUGAAGUUGUUCUUGGAAGGAGCUGCUGGGUUUUACAUGUUACUCCUUCAAGAAAUAUGUGCCCAAUGCGACACAAACCCGUCCUUAUGUAAGAGAAACGCCCAGCUAGGCAUCUUCCAUGGUCCAUCAUACACCCUCCAGCCGAAGAAUGAAUCAAUUCUUUACAUUUGUCAACAUUGCCUGAUCCAUUUGGGAGACCUGGCUCGCUACAGAAAUUUAUUGGGGGAAGCCGAAGGUUACUACAAACAAGCCAUCAAUGUUGAAGCCUCCAGUGGCCAUCCGUACAACCAACUUGCGCUUCUUGUAUCGGCUCGUGGAGACAUGUUGUCCACCCUUUUCUAUUACGUCCGAAGCCUAGCUCUCAAGCAUCCAUUUCCACCAGCCAGAAUCAAUCUUGAUAAGCUUCUAAAGAAGCUGUCGCUUCAAAUGUCAACAUACCAAAAGACACGUGGAGGUCGUUUGAGCGCAGAAGAGUUUCUCGUCGCUUUCCUCAAGCUACAAGGACAAAUCGGACUUUGUUGCGACCUCGAUCAAGCUGAACAGACUGUUAAUCUUCUAACACUGACUUGGCCAUCACUUGUAGCAACGGAAGCUCUAACUCCAACACAGUUGAUUCGCAUGUUGACCAUCACCAUCUAUUCCGUUGGUCGAUGCACUGGUGCCUCAGCCACCGACGCGCAAAAGAGGUCACUUCAGUUGGCUAUCGAUGUUGCUUUCUCUGUUUUCAAUGCCUGCCUCACAGCGUGCUGUUCCCUGCCUGAUGAACAACUACCCAACUCCAGAUACUUGUGCGUUAUCAAACUUGUUCUCGAUUGGUUCUUUGCCCAGCCGGAAUUACUCACCAAAAUUAAGCGCGGUCAUCUCUGGUCAUCGACAGCCAAGUUACUUAAUCAGCUUCAAAUAUGUUUUGCUUCUAACGGUUCGUUCACUGUAGAAGAUGACGGAAAGCCUCUUCCGGAAGAUCUUGACUUAUUGGAGUUUGCACCACUUCGCCGCAGUGCCAAAUGGCCUUCAACGCAAGUGACGCAAGGAGAUGAGAAUCGAGUUCGUGCCGCAAGAAUCGUUCAGCGAGGGAAGUGGUUAGCCGAACAACAACCUGGCUGUUUGGCAUUAUCACAGCAAAAUGAUGGAUCUCCUGAAUGGCUGUUCACAAGUCUGAGAACGGAUGAGUCACCUGUUGAUAAAAUGAUAGAGAACUUGUCAAUCGAACCGGUAAAGGAAAUCAAAAUCUUAGCCAGACCUCCUCAGCGUAACGUGGCGCUUACAGCUAUACUCAGACAAAAAGUCGAGGAUGAUUUGAUUCCGCCCCCCACGAAGGAAGACUCCACUAAUAAGCAGGUGACAUUUCAACAUACACUGGCUCCUCCUCUUCCCCCCGUUAAGCAAUCUAGCAGCAGCACCCUUUACUCGAGACCAUCUUUACCUCCCCGUUUGGAACGUCUUAAGGCCGAGCAAAAAGAACGAGAACAAUUGAAUAACAAUUUUGGAGGAAUGUACUCAAGUUUUGGCGCUACAACUGAUUUACCAGAUUUGUCUAUUCCGCCUCCGACGGUCCCACCGCCCGGUUUGGGUUUCCCUCCGCCACCUGCAGCCUGGGCAAUGGCUGGCAACCUCCCUCCACCACCGUCUUCUAUUGUACCUCCAUAUAGUUUGUUCAACUCGACAGCUCCGUGGCAUCCCGUUCAGUUACCUAGUUUCCCAAUCAAUAACGUAAUCAACCCGAACGAGCAGCAACAGCGGACAAUGCAGCAUCAGUUAGGUCCUGCUUCUUUGUGGAGUGGUCCUGGUCCUUCUCCCCUUGAACGACUACUAGAGCAGCAAAAAGCGGCGGCAAUGAGGGGUGGCUCUUCACCUACUAAAAAAUGAUAUCCAUUCCUUAGAAAACAGCCUUUUCUGUGUGCGCUAAAUUCUGUGUAUGCUUUUUGACACUGUGAUCACACUUCGUAAAUAACAGAAAUUUCUUACCCAAA